AUGAUAUUUUGUAAAAGAACAUAUCAUUUACAUAUAAUUCGGUAAAUUUCGGUAAAUUCCACGCGAAUAUACAAAAACAAAAUUAACUUUGUUUUUUGUCAGUCUGAACACCAUGUUAAUAAGAAAAUGUAGUGUGUGUGCGACUCUGUGUUUGAAAUAGGGAUAAAUAUGAGGCGUUGUAAAUAUUCAAUGAUUACCGCGGUUUGAGAGGGUGAUGCACAAUUUUCGUUGUAGCGUCACUUUGUUCGAUAAAAUUUAACAAAAGUUUGUCUUUGUGAAACUGAGAAGUUGAAAUCCUCUUCGAACUAAUAGGAAGGCAAUCAUAUCAAAUAUGUCUGCGAAACGUAAAGCUGGCGGAAAUGGUAAUGGACCUAACAAACGUCGUCCCAAAAAACAGGAGAUUGAAGACGAUUUAAGCGAUGCUUCAAGUGACGAAGUCCAGUCUACCUCAAAUCAAGUUGAAGUUUUAAUUCCCCAUGAUGAUUUGGAUCCACCUAGUAAGUUACCGGAAGAUUUGCUGUUAUCUCUAGAUAAGACGCCGGGGAAAAUGUUGAUUGCUGGAAUGGUAACAUGGGACUUAACCGGAAAACGAGAUCGCAAAAAUGUUGUUAAAGUGCGGCCUAAUCUUUAUAGCUUUCAUCGUUUUUCAGAUGAAAAGUACCGCUAUUGUGCAACUGGUCCAAGUUCCGCUCACACUCUGCUCAUUAAUAUGGAUCGUAAGGCUCUUUCUUUUGGGCGUAAUCCAUCAGGACAGCUGGGUUUAUCCGAUGUUAAAAUAUGUGAACAACCAACUCUGGUUCCAGGAUUGGAGAAAUUUAAUAUCGUCCAAGUCGCAUGUGGUCGACAUCAUUCCCUAUUUUUGACUGAUACAGGCACAGUUUACGCCUGUGGGGAAAAUAAGCCUGGCCAAUGUGGUAUUGGAAACACGCUUCCGGUAGUAAAUAAACCAACACCGAUAAAUUAUCAAGGCCCUCCAAUUAUUCGAAUUGGUUGUGGAGCUGAAUUUUCAGUUAUUCUUGAUAUUAAAGGUAAUUUGCAUACAUUUGGUUUACCUGAAUAUGGCCAGCUUGGACAUAACACAGACGCAAAAUACUUUGUUAACGCCAACAAGUUGUCAUUCCACUUUGAAACAUCACCUAAAAAGGUUGUACUGUAUAUUGAAAAGAACAAGGAAGGACACGUAACUCCUGUGGACAACGUACAAAUUGUGGAUUUUGCAUGCGGUAAUAAUCAUACGGUGGCCAUUGACUCAAAGAAGCGCGUGUAUAGUUGGGGAUUCGGUGGUUUUGGUCGCUUGGGUCAUGCUGAACCUAAAGAUGAAAUGGUACCCCGUUUAAUAAAAUAUUUCGACACUCAAGGACGCGGCGCCCGUAAUGUUUACUGUGGUGCAACUUUUAGUCUGAUUGUCAAUGAACUUGGAGUUCUAUUUUUAUUUGGACAAAACAAAAAGACUGGAGAAGCAAACAUGUAUCCAAAACCUGUGCAGGAUUUAUCGGGUUGGAAUAUCACUGACAUUGGUUGUGGAAAUACUUCCAUUAUUAUUUCAGCUGAUGAUACCUUAAUCGCAUGGGGUGCUUCUCCAACAUAUGGAGAGCUAGGCUUAGGUGAAUUCCAAAAGUCUUCCACUGUCCCUAAGGAAGUGCCCAAAAUGGAUAAUAUAAAAAUACCUCAGGUUGCUGUUGGUUAUUCACAUACAGUUUUACUUGUUGAUACUGAUCAUGAGCCAACAAAACUAAAAUAUGAAAAACUGCCAGAAUAUACCAUCGAUAAUUGAGCAGAGUAGAUUGAGUUGUAGUUGUUGACCUUCAUACUCCCCAUUAUGCAUUUAUGAUAAUAAUAUUAGCUCGGGAAUAUAGUUUUUCCUCGGGUCAUAGAGUUUAAAGAAGUAAUUCAAUACAAAUAAAUAUUUAUAAAUUAAUAUAUAUAUAUACAUGUAAGUAGAUUUACUAGGUGCAUGGCUGCUAAACGGAUACAGUCUGUACAUUCGUGAAACUAUUUAUUGUAUGAUAUCAUUACAUUUUUUGCAAUUGCAUUGCUAUAUAUUUCUAAUAUCUACAUCCAUAAACGGUUAUUUUAUAGAUGUUCGCUAGAACUGCGGUACAUUUUCUUUCAUAUCGGAAUACUUAUUUAGAAGUAAGUUUAAUAAUUUAGUUAAGAUUCAAUGUCACUGUUUUAUAUUUUUUUACUAUUUGGCGUACAUAUUUAUAUUUUGCCACUUUGAUGCAGUAUUGUAUUCUAUAUAUUACAAACAUAUACAAGAACUCUUUGGAAAAUAAAAUUUUAAUAACAUUACA